GCUGUCAUAAACUAUUUUGACUUGUUGUCAACAGUUAAUUUGGAAGAAUAGGUUAUAAUAUUCCCUAUUUCUCUCUAUCUGUAUUUAUUUCUGUGUAAUUAAUCCUAUAAAGUAAACUCAUCCACCAUGGAUAAAAGUAAGGAAAAGGAAGAACAAAGCAUCAUGGAUAAAUCCAUGCGAUCUGUUUUCGUGGGUAAUAUACCUUACGAAGCUACAGAAGAGAAGCUGAAAGAUAUAUUUAGUGAAGUCGGUCCUGUGCUUUCAUUCAAGUUGGUAUUUGAUAGAGAAACCGGUAAACCAAAAGGAUACGGUUUUUGUGAAUAUAAGGACCAGGAAACUGCACUCAGUGCUAUGCGAAAUCUUAACGGGUAUGAAAUUGGUGGGCGAUCUCUUCGUGUUGACAAUGCUUGUACUGAAAAGUCCAGGAUGGAAAUGCAAGCAUUGAUGCAGGGGCCUCAAGUUGAGAAUCCCUAUGGAGAACCCUGUGACCCUGAAAAGGCUCCAGAAGCUAUCAGUAAAGCUGUGGCCACACUCCCUCCUGAACAAAUGUUUGAACUUAUGAAGCAAAUGAAGCUUUGUAUUCAGAAUAAUCCCAAUGAAGCAAGAAACAUGAUGUUACAAAAUCCACAGCUGGCCUAUGCUUUACUGCAAGCUCAAGUUAUCAUGAGGAUUGUGGAUCCAGCUACUGCAGUUAGCAUGCUACACCCAAGCAACCCAGUGCCGCCACCACUACAGCCAGGAGACAAACCACCUUCAAACCACUACAUGCAAAGCAACCCGCCACAGAGCCAACAACAACCACCGCAAAUGCCGCCGAUGCUUGCGGCGCCUGUGCCUCCACCAGCUCAAUAUGCGCCUCGUCCAGCGAUGGGUGACGUGGACCUUCGCGGUCGUGGACCUAGUGUGCCGCCUCCGCUACUGGACCAGGAUAUGCGCAGCCUGCCCCCAGUGCCUGCUCCACAUCCCGUGCCCCCACCUCAACAUCAUGGACAGGAUACUAAUGCUCCCCUACCAGUGGAAAAACCACCAGAGCCAAUUGGCUUCCCUCGAGACCCGCGGUUAGCGAGCAUGCAGACCCAAUCCUUCAACUCGGACCCGCGCGUACGAUCCAACGACCCUCGCACGCAACAGAAGAUUCAACAACGGUCAAAUGUGGAGUCCAUAGAACAAAUGCCUCCGGGAAUGCCGAGCGCUGCGCAGGCUAGAACUAUACAGGGAAUACCUUCUGGUGCUUCUGAUCAAGAAAAGGCUGCUCUCAUCAUGCAAGUGUUGCAGCUUUCCGACGAGCAAAUCGCACUCCUGCCGCCUGAGCAGCGCGCCAGUAUUCUCAUGUUGAAGGAACAAAUCGCUAAGAGUACACAGCAGCGUUAACAAAACCUCAUACUUGUUAAGAAAAUAACAUAAAUAAGAAAACAACACCUUGUUUCACAAUUUCUAGUUAAGUUCCUCUUUAGACUGACAGAUAAUCUGAUGUAUUUUUCAUAGAAUAUGUUCAUUAACAAAAGUUUAAUCAGUAGUUUUGAAACAGGCCCUAGGUCUAUUAUUAUAGUCUUUUCCGACAUGGUUGAACUUCUCAAAAAAUGCCGUAAGUAUAUGCGACUUGUAAUUUGUAUUCUCAAAAAAAAAGGACUACUUCACCCACACAACUGAUAUUUUGUAAUGAUGAAGUGAAAAAAUAAAAUGAAUGUAUAAAAUAAAA